AGCCCAAGAAAAAUUAUAGAGGAGCAUCUGGGUUUUCACUCAGAGUGGUGUAAGGAGAGAGAGAGAGAAUGGGGAGAGGAAGAGUGGAGCUGAAGAGGAUAGAGAACAAGAUCAACCGUCAAGUUACCUUCUCCAAACGCAGAAAUGGUCUGCUCAAGAAGGCCUAUGAACUUUCUGUGCUUUGUGAUGCUGAGGUUGCUCUCAUCAUCUUCUCUAGCCGCGGCAAGCUCUAUGAGUUUGGCAGUGCUGGUACUACCAAAACCCUAGAGCGGUAUCAACGCGUCUGCUACACUCCUCAAGACAACAAUAUGGAAUGUGAAACACAGAGUUGGUACCAAGAGGUGUCAAAGUUAAAGGCAAAAUAUGAAUCUCUCCAGCGCACCCAAAGGCAUUUGCUUGGAGAAGAUCUUGGACCGCUGAGUGUCAAAGAACUGCAAAAUCUUGAGAAACAGCUUGAAGGAGCUCUAGCACAAGCUAGGCAAAGGAAGACCCAAAUGAUGAUAGAACAAAUGGAAGACCUUCGCAGGAAGGAGCGACAGCUUGGGGAUCUAAACAAACAGCUCAAACUUAAGCUUGAGGCCGAGGGACAAAGUCUUAAAGCCAUUCAAGGUUCAUGGAACCCCAGUACUGCAACUGCUGGAAACAGCAGCUUCCCUGUGCAUCCUUCCCAAUCUAACCCAAUGGACUGCGAACCCGAACCCAUCUUGCAAAUUGGGUACCAUCACUAUGUUCCAGCAGAAGGGCCGUCUGUUUCAAAGAGCAUGGCUGGUGAGAGCAACUUCAUCCAAGGGUGGGUUCUUUGAAGUAGUGUUUGAUCAAAAGAGAAGAAGAAGAAGAAAAAAAACAUAAGUAUGACUUCUAUAUAUAUUUGUGUAAUGUGUGUAUUGUGUUGACAUACUGAUCACCACAUGAAUUGCUUGUAUACUUAUAUAGCUUCUCUUUCAUGGGGACAAUAUAUAUAUCACCAUUUCUAGCU